UUUUGUACGUUCUGUAACCAUGGACAAAUGGAAGGACAUCGAGCUGGAGAAAAUGAAGGCUGGAGGCAACAGCAAAUUUCGAGAGUUCUUGGAGUCUCAAGAUGACUAUGAUCCCUGCUGGUCAAUGCAAGAGAAGUACAACAGCAAAGCUGCAGCUCUUUUUAGAGAUCAGGUAGCUACAGUAGCUGAAGGCAAGGAGUGGUCUAUUGAAACUUCUCCUGCCAGGAACUGGACCCCACCUCAGCCUAAAGCAUCUCUCUCUUCCACUCACCGUUCUGCUGGAUCAUCUCAGACUGCAACUGCCUCUGCUGACAAGGCUUUUGAAGACUGGUUGAAUGAUGAUGUCAACUCCUACCAAGGUGGCCAAGAGAAUCGUUAUGUGGGGUUUGGAAACACAGUAAACCCUCCCAAAAAAGAGGAUGACUUCCUGAAUAAUGCUAUGUCUUCACUCUACUCGGGAUGGAGCAGUUUCACAACUGGAGCAAGCAAAAUUGCCUCUGCUGCUAAAGAGGGUGCUACCAGAUUUGGAUCUCAAGCAAGCCAAAAGGCAUCAGAGUUAGGGCAGACAUUAAAUGAAAAUGUUCUCAAACCUGCACAGGAAAAGGUGAAAGAGGGGAAAAUAUUUGAGGAGGUCACCGUGGGGGUAUCUCAGUUGGCCAGCAAGGUUCAGGGAGUUGGGAGCAAGGGCUGGAGAGACGUCACCACUUUUUUUUCUGGCAAACCAGAUGAUAAUUCUGAAAGACCAGCUGAGGGAGACAGCUACCAGAACAGUGGAGGGGAAGGCUACCAGAACAAUGCUGUAGAUCAAAGCUUCUGGGAGACCUUUGGCAACUCGGAUCCACCAAAAGCUCACAAAUCUCCAAGCAGUGAGAGCUGGACCUAUGUGGACAAUUCCACAGAGAAGAAGAGCUCUGACAGCUGGGACGUGUGGGGCUCAGGAACAGUCUCCAACAACAAGAACAGUAACAGCGACAGCUGGGAAAACUGGGAGACCAACUGGGAAAACACAGGAGGGGAGAGCAAGACCAAAAAACCUCCUAAGGCAACAAAAAAGGCCUCUUCAGCUGAUGAUGGGUGGGAUAACCAGAACUGGUAGGACUCUGCUGACCCUGUUUUGCACAGCUAGGAAAGGGAGGCUCUGCUGGCUGAUGGAGGGGAGAAGGUUUUACAUGCAACUGGAGUUAUCCUGGGUGACCUUAUUGAUCUGUUACUUUUGUGCUUCCCAUUCAUUCUCCUUUCUUCUCUCCUGGUUUAGGAAACAAAAAAUACAUAGCAUCU